AGCCCGUCCGGCGCCGUCGCCGACCGAGACUCUUCCUUCCUUCCUUCCAAGAAACCCUAGCUCUCCUCUCAGAGAGAGAGACACACACACACACAGAUCGGCAUUGCGGCGCGUUCCAUGGAGUACGCUGCGGGGGCGGGGGCGGGGGCGGGGACGGGAGGCUACUACUACUACCCGCCGUCGCAGCCUCGCCGCCCGCCGCGCCCCGCCGCCCGCUGGGUCAAGCACUGGAUCCCGCAGGAUCUCGCCACCUCCUCCGGCAAAGGCAAAUGCGCCCUCUUCAAGUGGGUCAGGGAGGAUGUGUACAAGAAUCUCAAGGACGGCACCGGCGCGGCGGAGGCCGAGGCGGUCAAGACUGAGCCAACCACAGAGAUCCUCUUCCUCUGCAGCUACGAAAACUGUGGCAAGACCUUUGUUGAUGUCGCCGCCUUAAGGAAGCACGCUCAUGUGCACAACGAGAGGCAGUAUAUUUGUCAGGAGCCUGGCUGUGGGAAGAAAUUCGUAGAUAGCUCCAAGUUGAAGAGACACCAUCUUAUUCAUACAGGGCAGAAGGAUUUUAUCUGUCCUCAUCCAGGCUGUGGUAAGGCCUUCUCAUUGGAUUUUAACCUGCGUUCACAUCUAAAGACGCAUGCGUUGGAAAAUUAUCAUGUAUGCCCUUUUCCAGCAUGUGGCAAAAGAUUUACGAGUGACUCCAAAUUAAAAUCUCAUGUCAAGGGACAUGAAAAGACUGGAACUCCGAUUACAGCGCAAUAUAUGCCAGCAUCAGAUAAACCACAAAUCUGCACUAAGCCUGUUACACCGGCAGCAACUAAGCCUGUUACAACGGCAGCAACUAAGCCUACCGCACCAUCACCCGCAAGCUUUGCUGAGCGCCCAUUUGUCUGCCCGUAUGAUGGUUGUGGGAAAGCCUACAUUCACGGCUACAAAUUGAACCUUCAUUUCAAAACACAGCAUCCUGAACACGGUCAAGAAGAGAAUGGUAAGAUUGCUGCACCUGCAGGUGAGCAUGCUGUGAAUGAUCGUGCCAAUCAUUAUAACUAUGCUGAGACUGGCGACCUUGCACCGAAUCCAAAGAGGAGCAAGACAAAUUCAGUGCACAAGACCCCUUCAUCUAAAGUCUACAAUGUCAAGAUAUCUAGCGCAUCACCUGCUGAUAUCAGUGGUGUGAAGAAUCAGUGGCCAGGUAAGUAUGAAGAUGACAGCGAAGAGACGGAAGAAGACCAAGGCAACAACAUUGAAGAUGGCUGGAGAUAUGGUAACCAGAAUGCUGAUGAUGAGGAAACAGAAUAUGAAGAUUAAUCAAUUUAUCAUCUUUUGCCCUUUACUAACACCCUUCUGCAAUGCAACGUAUGUCCUAUGUAGACCGUAGAACGUGGUGGCCAAUACUUUGUAGUAAUUUGUGUGUAUGCUGAACCCUAGCAGUAGAUUAGAGAAGUGAUGAGUGUUGUUGAGGGUAGUAGAUUCAGAUUAUGAAGGCAUUGCAUCACGAUGAUGGUGCAGUUUGGUCCUAUUUGUUGACAUGAAUAGUUUCUGACUUUCUGUAUGCAGCAUAUUCCCGUUCA